AGGCCGCGGGCAGGAAUAGAACUACUUAAAGCAAUUGCGCAAUGUCGUGUUUUUUCAGAUCGCACUUCUAAAACGAACUUUUCAUACAAUACCUAUGCAGCCCAUGUAAGAUUUCAAAGUCGCUUUACAAAAUGUAAAACCACUCAUGUUGAAGACUACAUCCGCACUAGCACUACCCAGUUCUUUUUGUUUGAUUCAGCGCAAGAACAGGGCGGACCACGACCGCAUUUGGUUCUAACGUACGUGACCGCGAAUUAUCGCCGCAGCCUAAUAUCCCCGUCGCUUGUUCGCUCUCGGGGGGUGCUUCUACUUGUAGCAGCGACCCGGAUAAUUCAGGAGCUUUUUCACCGCCACGAAGAUGCUGACCGGCAACUCGGCGGCGCAAUCGAGCACGCACCCGAACCCGCACCGGAGUAGUUUUCCUAGCAGUUCUAGUACAGGACACCAGCAUGGCAGCUUUUCAACAACGGGAAGCAGCCCGGCUUCCGUCCCAGGCGGCGGGGGAGCGGGUUCUUCCGGAGGACCGAAUUUCCACCAAGGAGGUGCUAGUGGCGCCUCUGCAUCGUCAUCGUCCCAGUCGGAAGUGGAUCACUGCAUCAACAGCUCGAUAUCGCGGCUCAUGGAAGGUUUUUUUGGAAGCGGUACUAGUACAGUAGAUGACCACGGAGGUUUUUUGACGCAGCCGCUCGACUUCACCAUAGCAACGGUAUUGUUUUUCGUCAUGUUGCUUUACUACUUAUUCGGAUGACAUGAAGACCACUUGCUGAUGCAGCUUGCGCGGCGUGGCGUGAUAGUUGACGACGAGAAAGAGAAUUGAUUGUGCAAAAUAUCAAAACCACUUUCAGGUGCUGCAGGCCGAUUUUCCGUUGAACGAAAAUUGGGCGAAUGAAGUGCAAAUUGGUGAAGAUUUGAUAGAUGACGAAGAGAAGCUGGAGUACGACCCGGCAAGGCCAAUACAAACGUCGCUCAACAACAAAACCCCGGGAGCAAGAAUUAUAUCGCCACCUUCCGGGGGUUCGCAGAGCGGCGGCAGGGUCGCCAAUGGUAUUCCAGACGUCUACCCGGCUAAUGCAACGCCGCCCAACACCAGCCCGGUUGAUACCGGCGGUGGGGACAUGAACACGCAGAUGAAGAGAGGUACAGAUACUUACAUGAAGAUUUUGUCAUGCGCAUCAUGGAAUUUUUCAUACACAUAGCACAGCCUCUGCGAAGACGAGAAAAAACGAAAUUUAUCAUAUAUCAGACGGCGAACGCAAGCUCCUGGAAGCGAUCCGCGCGUUAAAUCUCCCGAAGGAUCUGCAGCACCACAAAUCGGUUGUGGAGCAAAUGUAUCAAAUGUAAAUAUGUCUGGGUCUGGAAGAAUGUAGGGUUUGUCAUGCACAGCUAGCAUGGCUCUCAAGUCUGUUAUGCGCGCCACACAAAAGCCACAUUUCUUUGUCAUGCAGAAACGCAGUGUGUCAUGCAGAUAGGCAACACUAUAGCAACUCCAAAACUUGUCAUGCUUGGCUGUCAAAAAUGAAGGCGUCCACAUGAUUCGCCAAACAGCAUCACAGGUUUCCAGACCCAGACAUUUUUGCACUCGAUAAAAUGGACUUGUCGAGUCUGUACCACGAGAAAAAACGGGUGAAGGAAAAACUCAAGGAGUUCGACGAGUGGUUUAAGCUCCACUACGGGCAUAUCAAAUGCAAAUACUUAUGUCUGGGUCUGGAGGGUUGCAACUUGUGAUGCUGCCUUUGGAUUCUACAAAGAAUCUGUAUUGCGUGACCAGCAAAAGAGGUCCAUUUUUUGCUACACGGAGAGGGCAUUUCUCAUGCAGUACAGGCAUCAGAAAGCCCUCAACAGAUCUGUGAUGCUAGGGCAUGCAUCACAGACAUUAUGGGUCAUGCAGAAUGUGCAUCACGACAAGCGCUGUUUUUUUCCAGACCCAGACAUAUUUGCAUUUGAUAGGGCAAGUCCCAAACCGGCGGGAGAAAGAGCCCAUGCGACCCUUGUACACCUACUACAGGUUGGUGAAAAUGAUUCUCGACACGAGGGAGAAGUACAACCAGCGCGCCGGCGGUGGAACCGCACGACCUGCUAACAGUAGCCAGCAGCCGAGUCCGAGUGACGACUGGACAAAAAUGGAGUCGGACUACGGGAACAGUAACCAUCCAAAUCCGAACAUCAGAUCCAGCCCCGGAGUUGCUGCAGUUUCCCCCGGCGGAGGAGCACCAUCAUCUUCCGUGCAAACGCAGCCGCAGAACCACCAGCAAGGGAAUAAUGCAGCAAUUAUGCACCAGCAGCAGCAACUACACCCCCCGGCCUCCUCCCCGUCCGCCAGCAGUCCGUCCGUUGGCCAUCCGGGGGGAACCAGUAGCUUUAGCCCGGGAACUCAGAGUGGGUACACGGCGCAGCAGAGCCCGGGGUAUGGGCACAGCCCGGUGUUUCGGGUACAGGACGGGCAGGGUUCGAGUCAGGGCGAUUUCAGCCGCACGGAAUCGGCGCUGACGCAAAACGUGCAGUCCUCACCGGAACGAGGGGGAAGUAAUAUUGCGGCGAACCUGCAGCCGCCCGGUGCCCGUGGGUCGCCGCCUGGUACCACAAGUGGUGGCGUGACGAGAUUAACACCGUCGGGUGGGGUGUUGACGAUCGGCGGCUCCGCGUCGUCUACCGGCGGAGCGGGGGGCACUACCGUGCAGCCGGGCGUGCAAGAGUACAAUGUGUUUUCAUGAAGAACAUUCGCUCGAAGAACUGUGAUGUGUGUCCUCUGUCCAUAACAAAUGCUCAGGAUAAUGCCUAGGUGUGCAUCAAAAGAAAAUGAAAAAGCAAAUACAUAUCUUCACAGCCACCACACCCCAACCUCAAGCCACUUUCGCGAAGUGUACCCGAUGCGCAGCCCUGAGUCACAUUUGCGCGAGCAGCGCGAUCCGGGGGGCUCGCGGGACCGGCAACAGAGAGAGCAGCGGGAACAAACGUAUUCUUUUUUGUGAUAAGUAGUUUCUGUACUGCAGAAUACCAUCAACAUUUCAACAUUGUAUAUGCAUUGCUCUGCAUGACAAACAUCACAGCACCCUGCGCCACGCUCACGAGUACAAUGAGUUACAGCGCAAGCACGAGGAGUUGCAGCGGCAGAAAGCGGUUAUCCGGGACAAACUCCAGAAGUACCAGGACGAUUUCCUGACGCAAAACCACCGGAAAAUCAAGUACCACAAGGAUAUUCUCCCCAUAGAGAAGGACUACCAGAAAUACAAGGAAAUCAAGAAAAAACUCCUGGAAUAUCAAAUGUAAAAAUGUCUGGGUCUGGAAGAUUCUGAGACUUGUCAUGCACGGUUUGCAUGAGCCAUGAUGUCUGUGAUGCAUGCCCUAGCAUCACAGGUUUUUUGAGGGAUUCUUGAUGCCUAUUCGGCAUGACAAAUGCCCUCCACGCGUAGCAAAAAUCAGAAUCCUUUUGCUGCUUAUGCAACACAAAUUUUGUAGACAUCCAAAUGCAGCAUCACAAGUUGCAUUUUUCCAGACCCAGACAUUUUUGCAUUUGAUAUCGAAACGGAGCAAGCUUUCCGGGAUCUGCAGAACACGGGGUAUGGGACGGUAGAACCGGUGCCGCAUGCACAGGAUCUACAUGGUAGUCAGCAGCUAGAACCUCUUCCAGCUGGCGGCGCAGCCGGGGCGGGGCGAACUGUUCCCGGUAGCGUCCAACAAGCGAUUGGCGCAACGCAGGCGCGCGGCGGUGGUGCGGGGGGGCAGCUGGGGAACCAACAUCAUGCUGUAGCUCCAAACUUCACCAAUUGGGAGCAACGCGGGGCGGGAAUAAACGCGAACACUAACAAUUUCCUCGAGCAGCAGCACCGCGCAGCGAACCAGCAGUUAGUUGCGCGGCCGAGGGUAUCAACUGCAAAAAUGUCUGGGUCUGGAAGAGUCAUGCUGUUUCUGCAUGACACAGAAGGUCUGGCAUGGAAGCUCUAGCAUCACAGGUCUCGAGAAGCUUCCGCAAUGCCGAACCCGCAUGACAAAUCCCCCAUUUUGGUGACAGAAAGUGAGUAGCUUUUGCUACCUAUGCAUGAGAGAUUUUUGUGUGUUCUGAAAUGCGCAUCACAGGUUACAUCCUUCCAGACCCAGACACUUUUACAUUUGAUAGAGGGGAAUCGGGGAUAUCGUGCAGGACAGAGAUAUGGAACUGUCAGAAUCGAAAUCGUCAAAGUUGAAAUAAUUUGCAAUGCAUAAAAUGCGACACAAAAAGUGACUCUAUUGCAGAGGACCCACGGGAGGCAGAUUGUAGUCCUGGUAAGGGUCAAGAGUUGGACUGCUAACUAGCAUGACAGAAGGCAGCUCCUUUGCCCUAAACCGCAUGACAGACUCGCUUCCAGGAUCGGGAAAAUUUGUCAUGCACCGACUACAAACUGUAGGUCUAACUGGUAUCCGUUUUAUGCAUGACAAACUAUUUCAACUUUGACGAUUUCAAACCUGACACAUCCAUAAGAGACAGGCGGCACAGGGAUAACCCGAACGAAGGGUGAAAAAAAGGAGAAAUCAGCGCUUUAGAUGGAGAGUGCCAAACAUGAUGUUCUUGGGAAAAAUAUAUGGCACUCGAAAACUUGUUAUGCGAAAAUGCAUAGAAGUGACGCAAAAAGUCACGUCGUCGGUUUUUUUUGUCGAAAGUAACAAAGAAGUCGGAAACGCUGCAGCACGCUGCAUCACAAGGCUCAACUCAGUCGUUUUUGUCACGAAAUAAAGUCACAAACGGGCGUUGCAAGUAGCGCGCUUGUCUAGAGUAUCUCAAAGUCACAACGUUUAUCACCAAAUCAUCUUCUUUGGGUGAUUGUCAAAAGAUAGCGUCAAGAACCGGGUAAGUAGUACAUCUUAUCCCUCCAGUGAAACCAUCGAAUUUUGACGCGGCAGAAGUUUUUGUCUCGCGUGCAAAAGGCAAGAAGGAAAUUUGAACUUCACGAAAGUAUAUGAACUUGCGACGACAAGAACUCCGCUGAUGUAGUAGUGUUCUGGUCUUUGUCUCGUCUACACACUGAAGUCUCAUCGUUUUCUAUAGAAUCAGGGUCCGACGAAGAUGAAGUCAAAGUCAGUCAGGAACUGGAGGGACAAAAAA